AUGCCUCUGAGUGGUAUACUGGUUAAACAGGUUACCAUCAAAUCAGAUGGGGAUGUGUUUCAUGAAAUAUUAAGAAGCAGGCCACACCAUAUAUCAGAAAUGAGCCCUGAUUCCAUAAAAGGUGUUGAUUUACAUGAAGGUGAAUGGGGUGUUGUUGGAUCAGUCAUUAAUGUUGACUUUAUCCAUGAUGGGAAGGCAAAAGUGGCUAAAGAAGUGAUUGAAGGAAUCGACGAGGAGAAAAAGUUAGUGUGCUACAAGGUUAUUGGGGGCGAUAUAUUGGAGGCUUACAAGACCUUCUUGCUCACAGUUCAGGUGGAGACAAAGGAAGAAGAAAACUUGGUGACUUGGACUUUCCACUAUGAGAAACUCAAUGAGAAUGUUGAUGACCCCAACAGUUUGAUGGAUUUCUGCCUUGCUGUUACCAAAGAUAUUGAGAAACAUCACCUAUAA